GCUGCUGCAGCUGAUCGCUAUAUAAAGGCGGAUGUUUUGUACAUACAAAGCAGAUACUUAUUGGUAACUGUUCCUCGACUUUUCAACACGUCACCAUGUUUCAAGCGCAAUUGUUUAUGCUGUUUAGUAUGGCGGUGUUAUCGACGACGGUCUAUGGUUCCUGCAAUAUUGGUGACAGAUACGGAGGGGAUUGGGACGGUGUGCAGGACCAUACACACAGAACGGACGACAGUAUAGAGAUAGAGGGGUCGGAAGUCAUUGGAACUUUAAAUGACGUCACAAACGUGUACAAGUGUGAGGAAUCUGAUGAAUACUAUAUGUUUUUCUUGUUGUUAACACCUGAUAGGUCUGGCUAUAACUGUAUGGGGUUCCACGCAAUGGCAGACUCCAUGGUUCAAUAUACUGUUGUCACCAAGAACGGAUCGUUUGAGCCAAUCAAGGUACCAGCAGGAGUCAAGUCCACCUUAGAAAAUCUCUGUGCAAAUGGAAACAACUACGCAAUGGAGGCUGUCAUUGAUAUUGCAAGACGUCUAGACUGAUCUAAACUGAAUAUGCUGCAUGUUUUGUAUUAAUGAUUUUCAUAUCAAUUUCCUACUUAUAGAUUCAAUCAUAUGUGGGUAUGUGGGAGAAGGAAUUUCUACCCGAGGGUGCAGAAUUUAGGUCUGAGCCCAACUUAUCCACCCGAGGGUAGAAUUACCCUAUUUCAUAUACCUAAAUAAUGAUUGACACUUUUUCUCUCACCUCUUACACGUGAAAUUGUUAAAAAAAUGAUUAUGACAGCGAGAAUGCAACAAUAAAGUAGAAUAUCUAGAAAUCGUACAAUGAAAAUAUUUAGAAAGAGCUGUGAUAAUAUGGUAUACCGAAUAAUUCAAAAGGGUUUGAAACGUUUCACAUCAAGUUUGUUUAAAAAAAAAAAUCCUUUAGGCGAGUCAGAUACUGAUUGUGUUUUGCAGGUGAUUAUUCUUCCGUUGACCAAAAUGUCAAUUAAUGACGUCACUAAUUGCAUCAAAAUGACGUUACGUUUUAGAACAUUAGUCAGUAUGAUACUGAGCACUUUGAAAUCAAAUGUUUGUUUUUAUGCACUCUUUAGUCAAGAAUUAGAAAUAAGUUUUCAAAUCUGGAACACGUUGUACAUCUAUGUGAAAAAGAGUUAUAUAAAACGGGUGUUCCACGUGGUAUAUGUGUAUCUGGUAUACGCCGAGGUGGGAGAAAACGCUGAUACAUAUAUGUGCAUGUAUAAAAAGAUGUAUACAUACAUCGAUAUUAUAUAUGUGUGUACAAGUUGAAUAAUGCGAUGUGUAAACAAUAAAACGAUGAAAAUAAACAAUCCAUCAAAACUUCCCCAA